GUGCUGCGGGGGCGUCCGGGUCUGUAUUUCCAGACAAGAGGAAGUACGGCGGAAGAUAGGAGGAGGAGAAGAAGGGGGGACUGUGGAGGGAGCAAAGCGCAGAGGGAAGGGCGCAGAUCAAGCGGCUAUACUUAUCGUUAACACAUAGGAGCACAAAAUCAUAUAACCUUAUAACUAAAAAAAUGACAAAAAAACAAACCAAUUUAUUACAUUGAGUAUUGCGACUCCUGUUCAUUUUUGGGAUGCGAUUUAUUUUUAUUGGCAGUUAAUGACAUGGAAAUAACGGAAACCUAUAGUUUGCUUGUAAUUGUCGGGCGAGCCUGUUUUAGUACUUCCAGCUACCAGUGAUGGAUCUGUCAGCUGUAAAUAACCAGAGUGACGGACUGUUGUGUGGCAACCUGACGAACGCCGGGGAAUCGACCCAAAAACUUCUGUUUGGGAUCGGCAUCGAUAACUUGAUAACGCUGCUGAUAUUUGGGCUCAUUUUCACUCUUGGGGUGCUGGGCAAUUCUUUGGUGAUCACGGUGCUGGCUCGAAGUAAGCCUGGCAAGCCUCGCAGCACGACCAACAUCUUCAUCCUCAACCUGAGCAUUGCCGAUCUGUCCUACCUGAUUUUCUGCAUACCCUUCCAAUCGACCGUGUACAUGCUCCCGACGUGGGUCUUCGGAGCCAUCAUCUGCAAAUUCAUUCACUACUUUUUCACAGUGUCCAUGCUGGUCAGCAUUUUCACUUUGUCGGCGAUGUCGGUGGACCGCUACAUUGCCAUCGUACACUCUCGGAAGUCCACCUCUUUACGGGUGGCCAGGCAUGCACUCACCGGGGUAAUCACCAUAUGGAUGAUCUCCCUUACCAUGGCAGCUCCGGUCGCUUACUACCAGAGCAUUGUCCGGAGGGGAGAUAACAGCACGUUUUGUUGGGAAGUGUGGCCGGACCACAACCGAAAGAAGCUCUAUGCCGUGUGUACGUUUGUCUUUGGUUAUAUGUUACCCCUACUUCUCAUCUCCUUCUGCUACGCAAAGGUAAUAAGUCAUUUACACAAAAAACUGAGAGGCAUUUCGAAGAAGUCAGAAGCUUCUAAAAGAAAGACUGCUCAGACCGUCCUGGUGGUGGUGGUGGUCUUCUGCCUGUCCUGGCUGCCUCACCAUGUCGUGCACCUCUGGGUGGAGUUCGGCUCCUUCCCGCUAAACCAGGCCUCCUUCGUGCUGCGGGUGGUGGCACACUGCCUCGCCUACAGCAACUCCUCGGUGAACCCCAUCAUCUACGCCUUCCUGUCGGAGAACUUCAGGAAGGCCUAUGCGCAGGUCUUCAGGUGCGAGCUGGGCAGGGGCAGUUGCUCCCAGGGCAACACCAAGGAGGCGAGGAACAAGAUGGAGGCGCAGCUGUCCACUAACUGCACCAGCGUCUGACAUUGGAUUUGAUCUGCUUCUGUGAAUCCUGAUUUAUUUGAUUUUUUGGCAAAGAAAAUAAGUUUUGAGAAGGGCUUGGAUUUACUGCAGCAAUUUAGUUGUAUUGUUGUAUUUGUUGUCUGUGUUUACGAGAUGUGAUAUUCAGAAAUUUUGGAUGGAGAGAAAUAAGACACCUUAUUGUACGAGAAGUUUCCCAUUUAUUUUGUCUGUGGGCAUGGGGGGGGGUUCCCCACAUGCGAAGGAAAGAAGCCCCCGCUCACAAAUCAGCAUCCAUUUUUAUUAGUGAUGGCCAAAUGAAGCUUCAUGAACCAUUUGCUGUAUUUUUUUAUCCCACUAGAUGGUGCUCUCUGUUUAUAAAAAGACUCAAAGCAUGCCCCAAAGGAAACCAAGAGCACCAUCUAGUGGGGUCAAAAAAUACAGCAAGCGGUUCAUGAAGCUUCAUUUGCCCAUCUCUGAUUUAUUUACCUUUUCUACGAGUGACAUCCUUGCACCAGAUGACGAGAUGUUUCUUGUUAGCUUCUCUCAUCCUGCUACCCUUCAAGGUCCUUGAUACAGGGCCCUGCUCUUCUGUCCUAUACCUCUCACAAUUGCUCCAAGGAACCACAUCUGUGCACAUUCUUCAUCUAUCUUUGUUCAAUAAACUUUCCAUGUUCAAUAAAUGUGAAAAAAAGAAGCAAACAUUUCAAGGGAAAAAAACUGAUACCUAAUGUGGUAAUUUUAAAGAUUAUUUGUCCUUUUACAUAAGUAUUGAUUCUUAUACUAUAAUUGCUAUUGCUACACCUACAUUGCAUGCAUAUGUAUUAUAUAUAUGAGAAUAGCUCCCACUGCUCCCCCCCCCCCAUCCCAGCAU